AUGAUGAGCGUGGCAAUGCUAGAACGUGGAUGGAGAGAUUCAAGAGAUCGGCGUAAUGAGAGGGAAGCCAACAAAUCAGCAGGUCAUGACACACAUCCAAAAGAUGGGAAACCAGAAGUGAAGGAGGAGGAGAAGAAUGUUUGGCGCCAUGACAGGUUUCAGGAAACGGAGGCUAAUCCUGAAAGAGACCAUAAGACCCAACAUCUGGACAAACGAGAGAAAUCAUACAGAGGUGAAGCACUAAGGGGUGGCUUUCCACCGAGAGAAAGGUAUGUUGGCAAUGGUGGCAAUUAUAGGGGAAGGGAUAGAUACGGUGGCAAGCAAGGGUAUCACUCAAGCAAUGGUCGAGUAGAGAAAUGGAAGCACGACUUGUUUCAUGAGGCUAAUAGGAGCCCUACCCUGAAGAAUGAAGAGAAUCAAAUUGCAAAAGUUGAAGCACUCCUGGCUUCCUAG